CGCCCUCAUCAUGGCCACAUGACUGUGACAACAGGACUUCCUCAAUGGUUGUACAGUGUUGCUGUGAUUCAGCCAGGCAAAGGAACGAGAGCUAAGGAUCAGGAAUUGUGCUGGAGCAGCAGUACAGUAUUGUACAGUAUUACACAAGAAACGCUUCUCUAGAGUAGUGAAUUCUGAAGACAGAUGUUGUGACCUGUUGAACCAUUAAAAUGUCCCUUGGGAAUGUGGGUAUCAAUGCAGACUAUUCAUGGGAUGCCGGGGAGCGUGCCCGGCUCCUACAGAGUCCCAGUGUUGGGACAAGCCCAGAGUUGCAUAGAUUGGCUGGAGGAACAUCACCUGCUGGUGCUGUGUUCAUAGUGGUUAAUGCUGCACUUGGAGCUGGGCUGCUAAAUUUUCCUGCAGCAUUCAACGCAGCUGGGGGUAUCACUGCAGCAAUAUCUCUGCAACUGGUUCUUUUACUGUUCAUUAUAAGUGGGCUGGUGAUCCUUGCACACUGUGCGGAUGCAUGCAGUGAGCGUACGUACCAGGAGGUGGUCCGGGGUGUAUGUGGACGCACAGCUGGGGUGCUGUGUGAGGUACUUAUUGCAGUGUACACCUUUGGCACCUGCAUUGCUUUCUUCAUCAUAAUCGGGGACCAGUUAGAUAAGCUUCUGGGAGCUAUGAUACACACUACAGCAGAAAGCCCUGUGCCAUGGUAUGCAGACCGAAAAUUCACUAUAUCCGUUACUGGCGUUUUACUUAUCCUACCUUUGUCACUACCUCGUGAAAUCAGUGUACAAAGAUAUGCCAGCUUCCUCAGUGUUCUUGGAACAUGUUACGUGACUGUUGUUGUCGUCGUCCGAUGUAUCUGGCCAGACACUACGAUCCCCUCUCAUGAAAUUUCGUCCAGCUCAUCAUCCUGGCUUGCAGUCUUCAAUGCUGUGCCUACAAUCUGCUUUGGUUACCAGUGCCAUGUUAGCAGUGUUCCUGUUUAUGGAAGUAUGCAGCAACAGGACAUUAGGCGUUGGGGUUAUAUAGUGACAAUCGCUAUGUUCAUCGCUCUUUGUGUUUACACUGGGACAGGGGUAUGUGGAUUCCUGCUCUUUGGGUCUGAUGUGGACCAGGAUGUUCUUCUGUCCUUUCCAUCAGAUGAUAUUGCUGUAGCUGUAGCUCGAGCAUUUAUCAUCCUGUGUGUUCUGACCUCUUACCCCAUUCUGCACUAUUGUGGCCGAGCAGUUUUGGAGGGCUUGUGGCUUCGUUUCACCUCACAGGAACCUGGUGAGGAACCCAGUAAAGAAAGGCGUCGCAGGGUCUUGCAGACUGUGAUUUGGUUCUUGCUAACACUGCUGCUUGCUCUAUUCAUCCCUGAUAUUGGGAGAGUAAUAUCUCUUAUUGGAGGACUUGCUGCAUGCUUCAUAUUUAUAUUUCCAGGUCUCUGCCUCAUUCAUCUUAAGCUAUCUGAAAUCCAUGAGCAUAAGAGCAAAAGUUGGUGGGCACUGCUGAGUUACGGUGUUAUCAUGGUUACCAUCGGAACAUUUAUCUUUGGCCAGACCACUACCAAAGCUAUUUUUGUGGAUUUAGUGGGAUGAUCUAUGAACUUUCACUCAAGAGUAAAAGGAACUGUAAGGCAUUACUUGAACUGAAAACUGGACAUCUCGCAUGAUCCCUUUUUUUGGUGUUUUGCAAGGCAUUAAUCAGACUCGGUUCUAAAAAUGCCCUGCAGACAAGUUUGUUUUUUUUUUGUUAACUUAAGCAAUCUAGACAUUAUGCUAAUAUAUGUCAAGCAUUAAUCACUGUAUAAUUAACUAUUCAUAAUUAGAACACAGGACCAACUAUUGAUAUAUACAUUUCCUGCAACAACAGAUCUGGGAAUAAUACUUUUAUUAUAUAUUUAAGUAAGAAACAUUUCUUGCCAAAGUCUGAGAAAGCAGUCUCAUUUUAUGAUCAAUGCACCCUUCAAUUUUAUAUUUGUGUUGACUUAUAGUAAUGAUUCUGGGGUUGAAUUUUGAUAAAUAGUUACUUUAAUGUGUAAACACAGUGAGGAAUCUGUAAGAAAACACAAAGCAUUAUAUUAUUUAGGAGUGGUUUGGGAAUCAUUUGUUACCCUUCUGUAGGUUAAAAAGUGAAAAAAUCUGAACAGUUAAAAUCUAACCCACAU